UAAACACAUCCGUAUAAAACUGAUAGAUGCUCUGAUGCUCUGUCCUCCGUAUUCUUGGUGCAUAUCGUAUCAGCCUGGUAAAAUCAAGAUGGAAGACUCGAAGAAUUACGAAAAUGAUCUACUUCACGAAAGGCAGGACGAAAUUUUCAUGAGACUGUUUCCUGUAGUUGUCUACAUUGCGGUUCUAGCCUUUGUGGGUCUCAUUGGCAACGUAUUGGCGAUGAUUUUUUACACGUUAGAGUCAAAACGAACCACGACUGUCAACUUGAUUAUAGUACUUUCAAUAGUUGACUUUAAUGUAUGUGUGUUUUUAAUUCCGAAACUUGUUGAAAUGAUCGUUAAUAUUGGACAUAGUCAAAGGUUUCUUUGCAAGAUAACACAGUUUGUCAGUCUGUGGGCAAUUGCAACAUCUUGUUUCUUAUUAUGGAUAAUUUCGAUAGAAAGACACAGAAAAAUCUGUAAACCAUAUGCUAAACAGAUUACAAUUCCUGCUGUAAAAUAUAUAGUAGCUGGUAUUGUCAUCUUUUCCUUAGUUCUGGCAAUUAGAAAUUUGAUAAUCUAUGACAUUGUCGUCUUGGAAAUUCCUGCUUCGAAGAUCAACAGGACAAUAAUUGGAUAUUUUUGUACAGUCACGGAUGAUCCAAAUUUAAAGUUCAUAGCGUCAUUUUUCUAUGCACUGGAUUUUCUCUUGGUCUUGAUGAAUUGGAUCACCAUCAUUGUGGCCUAUUCGAGUGCAGUCUUUACCAUACUAAAGCGCAGAAUCAAAAGGAGCCGGGGAUCACAAAAGAUCCAACAGAACAUUAAAUGUGAGGACACCACCAUUAAGAAUGGAAAUAGUUUCUGGCAUAUCCCACAUAACAAAAAUAUAUCUGGAGAAGAGUAUACGGAAACUUCAUAUGGAAAUGAUGACGCUUUAACAAAUUCUUCCCUAGACGGAACACACCAGCCACCUCUAGACGGAACACACCAGUCACCUCUAGACGGAACACACCAGCCACCUCUAGACGGAACACACCAGCCACCGAGUGUACCCGCAGUUAAUGAACGAGAAGUUUCUUUUGCUAGACCAUCCAGACGAAAUGGAAAAUGCAUAAGAAAGGCUAGUUUUAAAAAUGUCGCUGUCAAAAGUGUCACAGAACGGAACCUUACCAUAAUGAUGUUUGUGGCUUCAAUGGUUUUUAUUCUGAGUUUCACACCCUUCUUUGUGGUUAGAGUAAUCAUGAGAAACUUCCUUGGUAGAGGAAUAGAUUACGAGCUGAAAGCAGGAGUCCAGUUUGCGUUAAAACUACCAUUUUUGAACAGUGUUUUCAAUCCAGUCAUUUACUGUAUUUUCAAUCCGAAAUUUAGAAAAUUCUUGAAACGUGUAUUUUGCUGGAGCUGGCAAUGAAACAUUGGAUUCAUUUAUGUAAAAUUGUAUAAAAAUGUAGCUAAUUUGAUUCACAAUUAAGUACCUGACAACAGUAAGCAUGAAAAAUAGUUGAAAUUUUCAAUCUGUCAGAUGAUUUUUAAAGUAAAGAUGGCAGUUAAAACUUGUUAACAGUAACAUAUCUUACUACGGUAUGUAAUAACAAAUACGAAGGAUAAUAUACAAGUUUAUUUCCGCACCAGUUAAUGAAGUUUACACACAGUGUAAUAAAUGUAAUCUUUAUUUUUAAAGUGAUUUGAUAUUAUUUGCCUGGUUAUACCUUUGUUGUGUGUGUAGUUUGCAUUGUCUCAUAUCACUUGACUAUUGCGAGGAAUAUGAUUCGAAUCGUAGUGUUUUCUAGAUACACUUGAGAUAUUUCAAUACAUUUGUCACUAUAG